AUGGAAUUUGCCGAUCCGAAGUUCGCUAGGAAGCGCGAGAUUCGUACACGAGCCCCGACAGCCUGUCAGACCUGUCGGCUGCGCAAGACUCGAUGCGACAAUGUCAGGCCAACUUGCAGCUACUGUGCUGUGCAGGGAGUCGAGUGCAACUACCCCGAGACCUCACCACAGCAGAACCAAACGGGCUUUGACUCCGGAAAUCCAUCGAACCAGGAGGUCCUCUCGCGCCUGAACCAUAUCGCCGGUCUGCUGGAGGAGAUCAAGUCGGAGGGGGGCUCCAUCAUAUCAUCGAGCCGCUCACUCAAAGAAUCCUUCUUUGAGCUUGCUAUACAGAACACUAGUCCCUUGACAGAAUCUUUGUCGGGGAGCAAUCUGCAUAGCAGCACCACCGCUCCAAGUAUUGAGGACCGGGGACCUGAUCAUGACCCCCGAAUCCUCUACAUAGCCAGUUCUGGAGAGCACAUGCUCCGCUGGCCCAUCUACAACAGAGUCAUAACUGAAGCGGAGAAACAUAUCCGCUCGUUCUUGCUUGACUCGUUGGAUAGUCAGCCACCGAGUAUCCCGCCUCCCCGGCAGGUAGGGAUCGGGCAUUUUGUCGAUGAGAUCCCUAGACUCUGCAAAAAGUACUUUAUGAUCUGUCAUCGAAGAAAUCCCAUAGUUGACCUCGAUAUGCUCGAGCGGUAUGCCAAGGAAGUCACCGUCCAGGGUCUUGGAUGGGACGGUCCGUCGUGUCAGGUGCUCUUAGCGUGCGCCCUGGCUUCAUCUACGUCGUCUAAGUUUGUGCCAUUGGCGGACGAGGAUAUUACUAUUGACUUUGAUCGGCUCCCGCCGCCACCCAUAUCAGACGCCAAUAUGGAUUUGGCUGAAACCUAUUUCCACGCAGCAAAGCAGAGAUUCGGGUUUUUGCACACCUCCCCGACUGACAUUCAGUGCUUCCUGCUUGCUGGUAGCUACCACAGACACGCCAUGCGCCCUCUGCAGGCCUGGUUCUGUUUCCAGCAAGCGUCCUGCAGGUUAGAGGUUCGGUUGCGGUCUUUAUGUAGAGAACAGUGGACUGCUGAUGACAACUACCAUAACUUGGAAUCUCGUCUGUACUGGUCCUGUAUUCAAGCAGAGCAUGAAAUGCAAAGUGAACUCCCUCUCUGGAGCAGCGGGCUUGAAAGCCUAGGUUAUUCAGAUCCAUUCCCGAAAUUCUCCCGCAAGACACCUCCUUCUUUUGACCAGAUGCAGGAUGGUUCUCAAGAUUUUUCAGUCAAACCGGGGUUUGAACUAAGCGGCACCGAAGAAGAAAAGGGGUGGAAAUUCUACAUCGGAUCCAUCUGUAACCGCCGAACCACUAAUGACCUGCUAGCCGAUAUGUGGCGGCAGGGGGAGAAAGGUUGGACCAAAGAUAUCCCCGAUCUCUUGAAAAGAUCAGCUGCAGCAGAGAAUGUCGUGACUUCAUGGUAUCAAAUCUCCAUCGCGGGAAUCCAAUCCCCGAAAGACAACCCAGACCUGAUGUUCUUCUUUCGGGGACGGUUCCACAUGGCUCUAGAACGGAUCUACAGGCCAGCCUUCUACCUAGCAAUGCACUUCCAGACCAUGCCAACCUUCAUAAAGAGGGACAACCAACUGUGGCUGCAAGUGUUCGACCUAGCCCAAAAAGCAGUCGACAACUGUGUCCAGCUAAUUCCAAACUACUAUUACCAGUUCCGCCACGAGUGGAUCUGGAACGUAAUCCGCGCCAGCUUCUCCUGCGCCCUGCACAUCAUCGGCGUCGUGCUAUACCAACUCGAGGCUUCGCGGACACUGGGGACUUGGCAGAUGCGCGUGCCGCCCAACUGGGCUGGACUUGUUCGGGUUUCGCUUCGUACAUUGAAGCAUUGGGCGGCUGAGUCUAUUGAUAUUGAGAUUAUGAGAUCGACGCUUGAGAGGAUGUAUCAGGGGACGUGUCGGCUGGCUAAUGUUCGGCCAGAUCUCCAUCUGUUGUGA